GUUGAUCUGGUUCCGGCGCCUCAUUCCGCGCCGCGUUCCUCCUCGUUGCAUGCCAAUCCAUUCCCUGUCGAUGCCAGCCCCGCUCGCCGUCGAUCUCCGUCCGCGCGCUGUCACCGGUGCCCUUGACCCUGGGCUCGAGGGCGUCGGCUGCAGGAUGUUGCUGCAGGAUGCCGACGACGCGGAGGUUACUGUUGCAAUUGCCGCCUCGCUGCGCCGUUCAUUUUUGCUCCCGCCGUGCUUCGCGUUCUGCCCAUUUUUUCUAUGAAUUUCGUUGAAACCCGCUGGAUGGAUGCGACCCUGCGCAGGCGUGCGCCUGGGCUGCCUCGGAGUGGUCGCCGCGCCACAAUUUGCGCUGGUGCCUCUUCGUUGCCUCCGUUGAUCUCUUCGCUGCCUCCGUUGGUGUUCGCUGCCUCCGUUGUUCUUCGCCGCGUCUCCGCUGUCUUCAUUUCCACUCGGAACGGUCUGGAAAAUUUGCUGGCAACUCUAAAACUUUAUCUGAUUGCCUGUCGUUGGUACGUCCCGCACAGCCGACUCCAAGUGGCUCCAGCCUCCAGGGUCACGUCAGCCUCCAGGUCGAAUUGCAGAGAGGCGGGGCAGGAAACAAAAUUCAUGCUAGAGCGUGACACUUGCAUGAACAAUGCCGGGUUGCUGGCGCCGCGUCUAGCUCAUUUGAGGCGCGUCGACAUCGUCGUGCCACCCUGCCACCUCGUCAAUUUGUCUCGUCGGUGUGCUGGCCGACUUCAUCUCCGUCGCGGGCCUGGAGUUCGUGAUAUUUCCAGCAGACAUUCUGCUGUACAGCCCCUUCAUUACCUUGUCCACGGUCCAGGCCGUCGCGACGCGCCCACCAUGACUUUCGGCGCGCUCCUUGAGGCGCAGUCAUAUUCGUACAGCGCAGCGCAUGUCUCCAAGACAAGGCCCCCAAAUUUCCUGAAUAGAUCCAUAGCACAACCAUCCUUGAAGCUGGAUACGCCCCCAGGCUAGAAGCGCCAGUUGACUUUGUUGGGCAUGCACUUCGACCGCGCCUCGCUUGUGCCCCA